AUGCUUGUCGCCAUCAGGCUUACAACCGCAAAGCAGAAGGAAAUCAGGAGAAGCAUCAAUGCGUGGAUAGGUCAACACUUGCUGGUCAAGGAGGAGGCAGACAUCGGUACCCUUCAAGGCCUACUGGUAUUUAUCGCUUGGGAGGAGUCACAUAGCUCUGAAGAGAAACGGGCCUUCUUGGCUUGCUACUAUUUCCUCUCGGUGAACUCUUCCCAAUUUAGUCGCUGCAACACAUUGAAGUCGGACUACGUGGCUACUUGUGUCGAGUCGCUUGAACAGUCAGGCGAGUUUGCGACCGAUAUGCUCCUCACCAAACAGGUCAAGUUUCGGCAGGUGGUUGAUCGCAUAGCCGAGACGAUGCCUGUUAUCCAUGAGUCAGGUCGGAAUAAUGAUUUCACAUCGGCUCUUUACGAUGAACUGGAAUCGAUACGUGCUCAGCUCGAGAGGAUUUGCGAUAACGUAGCUUACGAACAUCCCAAAUUCGUUUUGCUUUGGACUGUACAAAGCAUUGCUUUGCUCCGAUUAUACCUGCCUGUCACAUACCUGCGGCCUACGGCAGAGGAGGGAGUAUCGCAACGCCACCUCCAAUGCAUGCUGUACGGCCUACAAGCAGCCCGUACCUUUUUCACGACUGUUGCAUCUCUCGGCGCAAUAGGGCUCUUGUAUUGUCCUUUUCCCGUACUGGCCGAUUGGACCUAUGCCAUUGGCGCAUCAUCGCGACUUUUGCUGGUUAGCACCGAUGGCUGGGACUUGGACCACGCGCGACGAACACUCGACCUUCCAUUCUUCCUGGACGACUUAAUUGCUAAGAUGACGGCUGCGAGUCAACUGAGGAACGAAAAGGUCGCAGAGAACACGGCGUUGUUCCCUUCGAGCUUUGCGCAGGACACCCCAGAAGAUGAAGAAGAAGAAGAAUCCUACAAGAAGUACGCGAACAAGAUCAGAGUCAUCAAAGCUUGGUAUGAGGAGCGGAUAUCUGCGCCGGUUGAGGAUCCACCGCAACCUCACCAUGCAGGCGUCUCUGAGCCUUUGGAACAGACUCGAGUACUGAAUCAAUUCUUCAUGGGGCUGUUGGGAUACGAUAGUUGGAACAUGGAGUUUUAG